GCCGCUGAGUGCGGCUGGAGUGGGGAACCCGGGUGUCUGCCCGCAGCGUUCGCGAGAUGCCCAAGUGGAGCCUGCGGCGGAGGCCGGGCCGCACACUCGGACUCGUGCUGCUGCUGUUCUUGAGCUUCCUGGUGCUCCGCAGGUUGAACUGGAGCACUCUGCUUCCUCUAUGGCUCCAGCAUCGGCGCCUGGGACUUCGAACAAAAGGUCCAGACUUCAUGCUGGAGGACUCCACCUUUCAGAUUUUUGGGGGAUCCAUACACUAUUUCCGUGUGCCCAGGGAAUACUGGAGGGACCGCCUGCUCAAAAUGAAAGCCUGUGGCUUGAAUACCCUUACCACCUAUGUGCCCUGGAACCUCCAUGAGCCAGAAAGAGGCAAAUUCAACUUCUCUGGGAACCUGGACCUGGAGGCCUUCAUCCAGCUGGCUGCGAAGAUUGGACUGUGGGUGAUUUUGCGACCCGGGCCCUACAUCUGUAGUGAGAUUGACCUCGGGGGCUUGCCCAGCUGGCUCCUCCAAGACCCAAACAUGAAGCUGAGAACAACGUACCGUGGCUUCACUAAAGCAGUGGACCUUUAUUUUGACCACCUGAUGGCCAGGGUGGUGCCACUCCAGUAUAAGUACGGGGGACCCAUCAUUGCUGUGCAAGUGGAGAAUGAAUAUGGUUCCUAUAACAAAGACCGUGCAUACAUGCCUUACAUCAAGAAGGCCUUGGAAGACCGUGGCAUUAUAGAGAUGCUCCUGACCUCAGACAACAAAGACGGCCUGCAAAAGGGAGUGGUUGACGGAGUGCUGGCCACCAUCAACUUGCAGUCACAACAGGAGCUGAAGGAACUGAACAGUAUUCUCUUAUCUAUACAGGGGAUUCAACCAAAGAUGGUGAUGGAGUACUGGACAGGGUGGUUUGACUCAUGGGGUGGCUCCCACAAUAUCUUGGAUUCCUCUGAGGUCUUGCAAACAGUGUCUGCUAUCAUCAAAGCCGGCUCCUCCAUCAACUUGUACAUGUUCCACGGAGGCACAAAUUUUGGCUUCAUAAAUGGAGCCAUGCAUUUUAAUGACUACAAGGCUGAUGUCACCAGCUAUGACUAUGAUGCUGUAUUGACAGAGGCUGGAGAUUAUACUGCCAAAUACACCAAGCUUCGAAACCUCUUUGGAACCUUCUCAGGUAUCCCUCCACCUCCUCCACCUGAACUUACUCUUAAGAUGAUCUAUGAGCCAAUGAGGCCAUCUUUCUACCUCUCACUGUGGGAUGCUAUCCUGCUCUUGGAUGACCCAGUCCAGUCUGAGACUCCCAUCAACAUGGAGAACCUGCCAGUAAACAACGGUAAUGGGCAGGCCUUUGGGUACAUCCUGUACGAGACCACCAUCUUUUCAUCUGGAGUCCUCAGUGGCCUUGUGUGUGACAGGGGGCAGGUCUUUUUGAACAGGGUAUCCAUAGGAUUCUUGGACUAUAAAACAACGAAGAUUACUAUCCCUUUGACCCAGGGUCACACCAUGCUGAGGAUCUUGGUGGAAAAUCGUGGGCGAGUCAACUAUGGGGAUAAUAUUGACACUCAGCGAAAAGGUUUAAUUGGAAAUCUUUAUCUGGAUAAUAAUCCUCUGAAAAACUUCAAAAUCUACAGCCUGGAUAUGACAAAGUCGUUCUUGCAGAGGCUCAUCAUGGACAAGUGGAGUUUCAUUCCCAAAGAGCCCAGCUUUCCUGCUUUCUUCCUGGGCGCCUUGUCAGUGGGCAUUUACCCCUCUGACACAUUUCUGAAGCUAGAGGGCUGGGUGAAGGGGGUUGUUUUCGUCAAUGAUCAAAACCUUGGGCGCUACUGGAACAUAGGACCUCAGGAGACGCUCUACCUCCCAGGUGUCUGGCUAGAGAAAGGACUCAACAAGGUCAUCAUCUUUGAGGAGACAAUGGCAGGCUCCGUGGUACAGUCUACUGAUACCCCCUACCUGGGCAGGAACCAGUAUGUUAACUGAACAACAGUCCCAGCCUUCCUGCUGUGGUUGGCAACGUCCUUCCGUCCUCUGCUACAGGAGGGUCUUCAUACCUAGCAACCUCAGGGAACAAAGGGCUAUAGUCAACUCAAUCCAAAAUCCUAAACUUGAGGGGACUACAGAGAAGAUGGGUAGCAUUGUCUAGGAUACCCUCAUACUGAAAUGGCUUCUCUCCUGGUUUUGUGGUUGAGUCCCUUUCUGCUCCCCUAAUCUUUCUGGGGAGGCCAUAGAGCUAUCUCCGAGGGUGGAGUAUGUAGUUGGAGCACCUUCAAAGAAGGUGCUAAAGCUGGGUGGGUACUGCCGUCUUCUGGAAGUGAAAGCCUCAUCAGGCCAACCUGCAGGAUACAGGAAGGCUUUUUAAACAUCCUAGGAGGGCGUGGCCACAUCCUGUAGUUCUGCUUUCUGCUCCUGAAUUUCCACUGUUUGUAGAGCAAAGAGAAAGCAUGUCUUACUUGAGUCAACUUGAUUUAUGUUUCAACUUUCCUCAGCUAUUUCUGGGGUUCUGGAAGAAACAUACAUUGUUUUUCCUUUUCAUUCUGUCUCUUAUGACAUUGAGCCAGUUGAUAAGCUGAGCUUAAGAGAAAUAGACAUGUUCAGUACUUAUCUUCCUAAGUUAAGAGAGCAUUUGCUAUUGUUCUGGGUGAGGAGGAGAGUCACCAAAGAGGGACAGCUUCACUAGGGGAGGAGCUGGGAAUUUUGGCAGAAACCACUUCAUAUCCAUGCUCUUUGAGAGGGAAUGGCAGAAGGCUCAGCUAAGUGGCCCCAGGCAGCUAGCUGCUUCUGACCCCACAGAAGAAUUUGGGGUUAGCUACAAGUCACAGGUCUAGCAGAGGCCUUGUUUCCUGCUCAGUAGAUUCACUGAGCACACCUUCCUUUGACUGAAAAAGCAGCAAGGAGGAGGGAAAGCGGCCAGCGUCCGCCCUGUUGUCUCAGUCCAGAUUGGAGACUCUUGUUCUAGGGAUUGAGUGCAACUGCUUGCUUUGGGUUUGCCACCCUAAACUGCAAUAAAGCAAUAGAUUUGAAACAAAGCUUCCUUGUGGGUGUCUCCAGCUCUUCAAGAAGGAUCCAGACACUGAUGAUACUCAACUGGUGGAUGGCACAUGCCCUGGCUUCUUACCACUUUUCCUUAUUUCAGUUUUCUUUGAAAUGUCAUUGUGUUAAGAACAGUCCAAUCGCAUGUUGGUGGAUAAGAAUAAGAACAUUCUAGAAAGCCAAAACCACAAUAUAUAACUUAGCCAUAGGUGAUGGUCUCUCUUCAUAAAUUAUAUUUGGUAUGUACUACUCUAAGCUUGCUAUCUUCAAUAAUAGUGAAAACCAAAGAACACACAUCUGUGAGCACAGUGUCCCUAGAGAAGCCCAGGGAAGAUGGAUCAGGCAAGCGCAGGGUGAGCGAGAGGCUCACAGCCUGGCAGGCUGGAUCCCUGAGUGUUGCUGAGAACAAGUUUGCAGUGGAGUCUGGUGUGCAGCAACUGAGCUAUGAGCCCCGAUAACUUUCUUGUGGGUGGUCGUGGAGCACAGCUCAUGUGUCACUGGGUCUGAGAAAUUGAGUUUGUUUUUAUUCUCUCUCUCUCUCUCUCUCUCUCUCUCUCUCUCUCUCUCUCUCUCUCUUAGAUGUGGUCAUGUUAUGUAGCCCAGGCUGGCCUUGAACUUUCAGUUCUCCUGCUGUAGCUUCCCAGGGACUGAGAUGAUAAGGUUGUCCCAUCAUGCCAACUCGAAGGGAGCUUUUUUAAAAAGUCCUUUAUUUGUUUUUAAAGUUU